AUGCACCGAGGCGCGCCAGGACCAGGCCUCAGGGGCCUCAAGGGGGCCGAGGGCUCUGUCAAGGACUUGGGGGGCUCUGGCCUGGAGGCCGGGAAGGAUUUUGGGGUGCUGAGGGAGAACGGCGCCCCCCGCGGCCUGGGCGAGGCAGAGGAGGUGCCGAGUAGUAAAAAGCGCGCCCGGCCGGUGCGGUCCAAGGCGCGGCGCCUGGCGGCCAACGUGCGGGAGCGCAAGCGCAUCCUGGAUUACAACGAGGCUUUCAACGCGCUGCGCAGGGCGCUGCGGCACGACCUGGGCGGCAAGAGGCUCUCCAAGAUCGCCACGCUGCGCCGGGCCAUCCACCGCAUCACGGCGCUCUCCCUGGUCCUGCGCGCCAGCCCCGCGCCCCGCUGGCCCUGCGGGCACCUGGAGUGCCGCCGCCAGGCUGAGCGCGCGGGGUCCGCCGGGGACGCGGGCUCCAGUCCGCAGCGGCCGGCGCCCAUGCCCGCAGGGCUCUUCGCACCCCCCAGGGAGGACAGCGAUGGAAACAGUCUGGGGCAGUCCCCGAGGAGGAAGCUGAAGGGGACUGCCGCCGGGUAG